AUGUCCCCAAAUCCGAAACCCGACAUAUUCACUUACGCCGAUUUUGACCUUCAAGCUCUGUGCCGUCAAGCGAGCACGCUGCGGCAGGGUGUUUUAUGUGCUUGUGAUCCGGAUCAACGUCCUGCCUCGGGAAGUUUCAACUGGGCUAUCUUUAUUUCGUUUGAAGAUAGGGUACGAUGGGUCUUUAGAUCUCCACACCCUAGAACGUUUAUGCCAAUGGAAAUGGGAAUAAAGCUACUGGCUAGUGAAGCUGCCACGCUCCGAUACCUCAGAGCUCAUAGCGAUAUUCCAGUUCCAGAAGUAUACGACUAUUGUGCUUCAUCCGAUAAUGACAUCGGUAUUCCGUUUAUUCUUAUGAGUGAGGCGCCCGGCAGGCCACUAUCAAAAUUUUGGAGAUCAGCCGGUUCUCCUCAACCUGACCUAGAGACUCCCAGCAAAGCCAAAAUUCUCUCCCAGCUAGGCGGUAUUACCUGGAAGCUUUCUCAGUUGCGAUUCGAUAAAAUAGGCUCACUCUUUGAAGAUAAAUUCUUCGAAAUCAAGGAAUGUCUCUCACGUGGUCACAUGUUACAUGGACGAUAUUCUUUGGAUAUCCCACGAGGACCUUUCACUUCCGAGGAAAAGUUCUAUGACAGCCUUGUUUCUGCGUUUUUAGAGCAUGCAGAAAGUCUGCAGUUGUCACAUCAUUGCUUUGUGGCACCCGUUCCUUCGCGGGACGACUAUCAAUCCAGCAUACAAUAUGAGAGCGCUGUGAACCUAUGGAACGACUUUGUGACCGUUGGAGGCAAGACCGACUCGUCGGACAACAGGAUGGAUUAUAUCAUCGCAGGCGACGCUCUCCGCGACAUUGUACGGAAACUUGAACUCCCAACUGUCAAUUCGGAGACCUUUCCGUUAUGCCACCCUGAUCUGAGUGUCAAUAACAUAUAUGUUGAUGAUGAUUAUAACAUCACCUGUAUCAUCGACUGGGCAUUCGCUUCAUCCAUUCCUGAAUCGAUGCUUUUAACCACACCAGGAUUGCCACAAUACCGCGACGAAAUUAGUUCGGAGUUUUAUAUACCUUUUAUAGAUGGCUUCAUCUCUGCUAUGCCUGAAUCGAUGGAAGAGAGAUCGACUCACAGAUAUCACGAUUCCCUGGAACGGAGCCAAGUCUCCUGGAGAUUGAGCCGGCUCCUCAACCUGGACUCGAUUAGUGAUUACACUCUCUUUGCUACAGUCUGGCACUUUGCUCAUGGGCCUGAACAGGACCUAGGCCAUUACUUCUUACGACAGUGGAGUUCGCCUCACUACAUCCGGCUGUAUAACGAAGUUCGACAGGAGGAUCAGCCACUUUCGAAAAUUCAAAAGGAUGAAGUAGAUUAUUUUCGAAACAAGGAUAUCAGAGAGGCAAUAGCUAAGAAGCUAACCCUCAUGUCCGAAUGGAAAACACGGUUUACUGUCAAUCACCCGCCGAGACUUCGGAAAGACAUGUUUGUCGCUUCUCCCAAGUUAUGGAAAUGGAUUCAACAAUUUGUGCAGGACUGGGAAGACAUGUCUUGA